AUGAUUUACAAUUUUUUAGAAGAUGGCCUGCAGGACAUUCAAGCUCCUUAUGUAAUACCCAGGGACCGGUCUCAACCACGUGAAUGGAAGACGGUGGAGAAAAUCCAUGAUAUACCUAUUUUUGAAAAAGUUUUUAAAUCCAAGGGCAAUUACACCCAUAAAUCUUCACCAUUUGAUGUUUUUGAAAGCAUGGCUCACCAAAUUCACCUAAAUGAAAACGAAAUCGCCUGCGCACUUCAAUGUGAUUUAAGUGAAGAUGGACUCGACUUAGAUGACGAUAGUUUGAUGGAUCCUGACUUUGAACCAGAUUUUGAAGAGUCGAUUGACGAAUCUUUGGAAGCUGAAUUCGACAUAGAUGCACUAGUAGACACCUUGAAUGAUGACGACCGUAACUCCAACUUUGAGGUAGAAGUAGGGCCGGCCUUAUCUAGUUCAGACAUUCCAGGUACUUCAGAUCCCCCUGUAAAACGUCGAAAGCCUGAAAAGCUAACAUUACGGUGGAAAAAGAAGAAUUUAGAGCUGAAUGCACAGCAGCUGGCUUUUACUGGCAAUGAGUCAUUGAGUUCUGAUAUCUUGGACCUUGAUACUCCAAUACAGUUCUUUCUUUUUUUAUUUCCACCAGAACUCAUAAAGAGAAUUUCGGAAGAGACAAACCUCUACGUGGUACAAAAAGACCCAAACAGCACGUUUCGUGUAUCGGAGACAGAAAUGCGUCAAUUUAUAGGGGUAGUAUAUAUGAUGUCACUGAUUCAGCUACCCAGAGUGACCAACCACUGGAGUUCCGUCUUGGGUACACCUGUAAUUCAACAGACCAUGCCUUCUAAUAAAUUUGAAAAGAUUAGACAAUAUCUGCAUUUUAAUGAUAACACUAAAUGUCUACAUAGGACCCACCCUGACUCCGAUAGGAUCUUCAAAAUUCGCCCAGUCGUUGAUGCCUUGAACGAAUCUUAUGGUAAAGUUCCAUUAGAAAAACAACUUUGUGUAGAUGAGCAAAUUUGCUCUACAAAAGCGCGUAACAUGCUGAAAAGGUAUAAUCCCAAGAAACCGCAUAAGUGGGGUUAUAAAUUAUAUGUUUUAAGUGGUGUUUCCGGUUUUGCUUAUACAAUAGAGAUUGAAUCUGGCAAAGAAAAUGUUGUCAGACCCGACGAGCCAGAUUUAGGAGCUUCUUCCAAUGUAGUAGUACUAUUAGAAGGAAUAGAAUACCUGACUGCAAGCUGUCGUCAGAAAAAAGAGAUUAUGAAGAAAGAUCGAGGAUAUUCUGAAGAGUACAUAGCUGAUGUCAACGGCGUCGACGUGUCAACGGUUGUAUGGAAGGACAAUAAGCUUGUUACAUUGGCUUCCACAUUUGCUGGUCUAAAUCCUAUAAGCGAAGUCCGGAGAUACGACAAAAAGAACUCAAGAUACAUAAACAUCCCGCGACCUAAUGUUGUGAGCGAGUAUAACCGUCAUAUGGGCGGUGUGGACCUUGUAGAUAGCAUUAUGGGCAUCUACAAGAUAAAACUGAGAAGCAAACGUUGGCAGAUGCGUCUCUUCUAUCACUUCUUAGACCUAACAAUGGCUAAUGCAUGGCUGUUCUAUAAAAGAGUCUGCAAGUAUAAAAACAUUCCCAACAAGACCAUCAUGGCAUCUGCAGAUUUUCGCCUGGAAAUUGCCGAAACAUUGUGCAAGAUGGGGGUGAAAACGGGUUUAACAAUACGCCGAUCUAUUGAAGGUCAAAUCCUAGCAAAGAAACACAAAGGACCUGCCCAACAUGUACCUCCACAAGCAGUCCGCCAAGAUCAAGUCGGUCACUGGCCUCAAUGGGCAGAAAAAAAAAUCCGUUGUAAGUUCCCAAAGUGUGCUGGAUUUACUCAUACGGUGUGUGAUAAAUGCGGCGUAGCUUUAUGUUAUACCAAAAACAAAAAUUGUUUCAGGAAUUUCCAUCUGUUGUAA